AUAACACGGUAGUGUGCGCUUAUGUUAUGUGUGCCAUGGACUCAGCCCAGCAAUAUUGACAAUAGGGGGGAAAAGAGAUUGCCCCAAAAUAGUGAGAAGAGGAAAAAUAAAAAUAGCCGGAAAAGAGAGGGAAGCACCACGAGAAGGCGAUUGCUUCAACAAUCAGGGAAUGUGGUUCACCUCGCUUCUUCUACAAAAAUCCAUACACCGUUAUUAAUGGGACUCGGAGGAUUAUAUCCUUAGAAGGUGGCUAGCUAUUGUAGCUAGCAGAAGGGUGCCGUGGGUUUGGCUGUCUGUAAAAGGCCAAGUUAGCUGGCUGGCUUUUUCCUGCUGUUUGCGGCAAGGAGAGGCUAGCUAAUUGAUCAAAAACUUAAAACAAGUUUAACCACUGUUAGCUAACUAGCUAAACAGUCACCAACCCCACACCGUAACACGGAACAAGCAGGGCUAUGUCCUCAGCAGCCACAACACCUCCAUCAGUGGACAAAGUAGAUGGAUUUUCCCGGAAAUCUGUCAGGAAGGCCAAACAGAAGCGGUCACAGAGUUCCUCUCAGUUCCGAUCUCAGGGCAAACCCAUCGAGCUUACCCCUCUGCCACUGCUCAAAGACGUCCCGGGUGGGGAACAGCCGGAGCUGUUCCUACAGAAGCUGCAGCAGUGCUGCACGCUCUUCGACUUCAUGGACACGCUGUCCGACCUCAAGAUGAAGGAGUACAAGCGCUCCACCCUCAACGAGCUGGUGGACUACGUCACAGUCAGCCGGGGAUACCUGACGGAGCAGGCCUACCCCGAGGUCGUCAAAAUGGUGUCCUACAAUAUAUUCCGGACCCUUCCUCCCAGCGAGAGCAAUGAAUUCGACCCGGAAGAGGACGAACCCACGCUCGAGGCCUCCUGGCCACAUUUACAGCUGGUAUAUGAGUUCUUCAUACGAUUCUUGGAGAGUCAAGAAUUCCAGCCAAGCAUUGCCAAAAAAUACAUAGACCAGAAAUUUGUAUUACAGCUCUUGGAGCUGUUUGACAGCGAGGACCCCCGGGAGAGGGACUACCUGAAGACAGUCUUACACAGAAUUUAUGGGAAGUUCCUGGGGCUGCGGGCUUUUAUACGAAAACAGAUUAACAAUAUUUUUCUACGUUUUGUUUAUGAAACCGAGCACUUCAACGGGGUAGCCGAGCUGCUGGAGAUCCUGGGAAGCAUAAUCAACGGCUUUGCCCUCCCACUGAAGGCGGAGCACAAGCAGUUCCUGGUCAAAGUGCUGAUCCCCCUCCACACGGUCCGAAGUCUGUCUCUCUUUCACGCGCAGUUGGCAUAUUGUAUUGUACAGUUCCUGGAGAAGGAUCCAGUAUUAACAGAACCAGUCAUCAGGGGAUUGCUAAAGUUCUGGCCAAAAACCUGUAGUCAGAAAGAGGUGAUGUUCCUGGGGGAGCUGGAGGAGAUCCUGGACGUGAUCGAGCCAACGCAGUUCAUCAAGGUCCAGGAGCUCCUCUUCAAGCAGAUCUCUCGAUGUGUGUCCAGCCCCCAUUUUCAGGUAGCAGAGCGGGCCCUGUACUACUGGAACAACGAGUACAUCAUGAGUCUGAUCGAGGAGAACUCCAACGUCAUCCUGCCCAUCAUGUUCGCCAGCCUCUACAGGAUCUCCAAAGAACACUGGAACCCGGCGAUCGUGGCUUUAGUGUACAACGUACUGAAAGCGUUCAUGGAAAUGAACAGUGUUUUGUUCGACGAGCUCACGGCGACCUACAAGUCAGACCGCCAGCGGGAAAAAAAGAAGGAGAAGGACAGGGAGGAGCUGUGGAAGAUGCUGGAAGACCUGGAGCUGAAGAGGGGCCUGCGGAACGAUGGGAUAAUCCCCACUUAACAUUGGCCCUGCCCACCCCUUGCCCGGCCCCGCCUACCCCUCCCCACCACCAUCAGAAGGAGCAGUUCUUUUUUUUUCUUUCACCCCCCCCCCCCCCCCCCGCCCUCUUCACUCCCUCCCUCUCUACCCCAUAUUGUGCAACUUACUUUAUGGUAGAUUGACGUUUGUCUCAAUUUCAGCAGCACUGUAAAUAACUGUUUUUCUUCCCUGCCCGCCCCCCCCUAAAUGAUACUUAAUGCAGAAAGGAAAAAAAAUUAAUACAAGAGGAAGAAAAAAACAAAAUGGUGAUGUACAGGGGGGAAAAGAAACUUUGGACAGUGGGGCUUGAACCUCUGUAAAAAGAAAACGGGGGGCGGGGUGCGGGGGAUUUGAAUGCAAAAAAACAGAUUGUUUUAACAGCCUCAAUCACCACCCUCAACCAGUCCUCCCAUUACCCCAUGGUAAAAAAAAAUCCUCACUAUGUCAUACCCAUACCCUAGGUGUCCCCAAAAGUGUGAAUCCAUUUCACCUUACUCCAGGGCAGCACAGUGCCCCCCCCCCCCCCAGAAAGGUAUGUGUUCAGGUGCCCUGACAAGUGGACACACCGUCAAUAUCCUGAGGUUCAAAUAUCUGACCUCUCGCCAAAUCCCCCCCCCCCCCCCCCCAGUAAAUGGCAUAAACUACUGCAGAUCCUUCGGACUCAGGAAAUAUAGCAUAAGACAUAAAACAGAAGGAAGAAAAGUUCUAUUUCCUCCCCUGGAUCACUUGACAGUGGCCUACGAAGCUAUGGUGCAGAUCGUCAGAAGGAAGGCGUAAUAAACAAUUGGAAAAAAAGAAAUUCUCCCACGUUUUGUUUUUGGUUCACGUCUUUGGCAGAAACAUAAAACAUAAAAAAGACUGUGGUUUUGAACAAGGUUCCUUUAGGUUCCAAGCUGCCCGCUUGCGUUCUCACUCUCUCUCUCCCUCUCCACUGCCCCCUACUGGUUUUGUUCCGGUACAUGUGUCAUCGACCUGGCAUCUAACGAGAUGAAUGGACGUCUGGACCGAUUCCUCAUGUAAUUGUGUUCUGUGUAGCGGAACAGAAACUGUACCUGUCUCAGAUCAUCGCAGUAUUAACAACCUGCAUACCACUGUUAUCAAAUACAGUAAACUGACAUCUUCUAUCUUUUAGUAAUUUAGCAUAUAUUUUAAUAGGAACCCCUUGAGUGUAAUGGAACAAGGCUUUCUGGUAUUUUUGAUGCUUUUGUUCUUUUCUUUUUUUUUUCUUUUUUUUUAAAGUUCUAUUCAUCAUAGGAUAUGUUUUUAGUGGUGUGGGGGGAGAUCUGUGAGGAUUUUCAACCACAGUGACACCUGCAUUUCUGAUCCCAUUCAGACUUACUGUGUGCUUUAGAAUGGCCCAGGCAUAAUACAAUUAAAAAAAGAAAAGGGUUGGAUAAAUGAAAAUAUCUAAUUAUUUUAAAAAAUAAAGAAAUAUUAAAUUAAACCUGUUUUGUGAUAAAGCAAA